GUUAUCGCGAGAUUUCCAGAGGAGGAAGCGCGCAACUACGCUUGCGUGGUGUGGACCCGUGUGUCAACCCUUGUAGCUCAACCAUUUACUUAAGCAACUGUAUUUCCAGUUGCUGCAAUUUCCCAGGAGGUUUACUGUACAUAUAAAUCCAAACAAUCAUGAGUAUACUCGCCAAAAUCGCGGAGAUUGAAAAUGAGAUGGCCAGGACGCAGAGGAACAAGGCUACGGCUCACCACUUGGGUCUGCUCAAAGCACGUCUGGCUAAGUUGAGACGGGAACUGAUCACGCCGAAAGGAGGCAGCGGUGGUGGGACAGGAGAAGGAUUUGAUGUAGCCAAAACUGGAGAUGCCCGUAUUGGCUUUGUUGGGUUUCCUUCGGUGGGCAAAUCAACUCUGCUUAGUAACCUGGCUGGUGUUUAUUCUGAGGUUGCUGCCUAUGAGUUCACAACUCUGACAACGGUACCUGGUGUCAUCCGCUACAAAGGUGCAAAGAUCCAGCUUCUGGAUCUUCCUGGAAUCAUUGAAGGGGCCAAGGAUGGCAAAGGACGAGGGAGACAAGUCAUUGCAGUGGCUAGGACCUGCAACCUCAUUCUGAUUGUUCUGGAUGUUCUCAAGCCACUAGGACAUAAAAAGCUAAUAGAGCAUGAGCUGGAAGGAUUUGGCAUCAGACUAAACAAGCAGCCUCCCAAUAUUGGAUUCAAGAAAAAGGACAAAGGCGGCAUCAACUUCACAGCCACAUGCACACAAAGUGAGCUGGAUGCCGACACCGUCAAGACGAUUCUGGCUGAAUACAAAAUCCACAAUGCCGACAUCACUCUGCGCAGUGACUGCACAGCUGAUGACCUCAUAGAUGUGGUGGAGGGAAAUCGGGUCUACAUCCCGUGCAUCUAUGUGCUCAACAAGAUUGAUCAAAUCUCCAUUGAAGAGCUGGACAUCAUCUACAAAGUUCCCCACUGCGUCCCUAUCUCAGCUCAUCAUCGUUGGAACUUUGACGACCUUCUGGAGAAGAUGUGGGACUACCUGAAGCUCGUGCGCAUCUACACCAAACCUAAAGGCCAGCUUCCCGACUACACGUCCCCUGUGGUUCUCCCUGAUGAGCACACUGCAGUGGAAGACUUCUGCUUGAAAAUCCACAAAAAUCUUAUCAAAGAGUUCAAAUACGCCCUUGUGUGGGGGUCGUCCGUGAAGCACAAUCCUCAAAAGGUUGGCAAAGACCACGUGUUGGAGGACGAAGAUGUGAUCCAGCUGGUAAAGAAAUAAAAGGAAUUUGCAUGCUGUACGACCCUUAUAUCACCCAACAUGAUGGAUGCACCUGUGUCAUGUGGUUUCCAGUAUUACACUGUAAUUUAAAUAACAUAGUGACAAGAAUGUUGCAUCUAUCAGUGCCUGUCGGGACAAACCACCAUGAAUAGUUCAUAUUGAAUAUUGGUAAAAGCUUUCAUUGAAAAUAAAACAUCUGU